AUGAAGAAAAAACGCAAAAAGAGAACACACACAGAAGAAGGUGGUGGCUGCUUUUUAGAUAUUGAUACCAAGGGUCAUUCUUUCCAUAACCACCACCUUGUAGUUGCAGAAAGCCCUAGAUGUAAUGAGAGUGUAAUCAUUUUGAUUUGUAUGCAUUAUUAUAUCAAGGAGUUAGAUAUCUUGCAUGAAUGCUCUCUUCUGGGUAGGGAUUACAAUGGGUUUGACUCAAUUCAAAGCUUCUUUUAUUCUGGUAAGAAUUUCACGAAGCCUUCUCACCAAGGGUACCCACACCAGAAUUUCCAGGAAGAAACAGAGUUUCUUAAUGCAAUUUUCCCAAAUGGAGCAGCAUAUCGUAUGGGACGCAUGAAUUCUGAUUGUUGGUACUUGUAUACUUUGGAUUUCCCAGAAAGUCGGGUAAUCCAUCAGCCAGAUCAAACCCUGGAAAUUCUGACGAGUGAGCUUGACCGCGUUAUGGACCAGUUCUACAUGAAAGAUGGUGUUACUGCAAAGGAUAUCACUCGUGAGAGUGGAAUUCGUGACCUGAUACCAGGUUCUGUCAUUGAUGCCACACUGUUCAAUCCUUGUGGGUAUUCAAUGAAUGGAAUGAAAUCGGAUGGAACUUAUUGGACUAUUCACAUCACUCCAGAACCAGAAUUUUCUUAUGUUAGCUUUGAAACAAACUUAAGUCAGACCUCCUAUGAUGACCUGAUCAGGAGAGUUGUGGAAGUCUUCAAGCCAGGAAAAUCUGUGACCACCCUGUUUGCAAAACAGAGUUCUAAAUGUCGCACAGUGCUUUCUUUGCCCCAGAAGAUUGAAGGUUUUAAAGGUCUUGAUUUCCAGAGCGCUCUAUUCAGUGAUUACAAUUUUGUUUUUACCAGUUUUGCCAAGAAGCAUCAACAACAGCAGAGAUGAUUAAGAAAAAAGACAAAAAAACGCAAAAAGAGAACACACUUAGAAGAAGGUGGUGGCUGCUUUUUAGAUAUUGAUACCAAGGGCCAUGCUUUCCAUAACCACCACCUUGUAGUUGCAGAAAGCCCUAGAUGUAAUGAUAGUGUAAUCAUUUUGAAUUGUAUGCAUUAUUAUAUCAAGGAGUUAGAUAUCUUGCAUGAAUGCUCUCUUCUGUGUUUAGGUAUCCUAUGCCACUCUUGCUGUGAAAUUGAAGUGCAUGUAGAAAAAACCUUUUACUAUAUGAAACUUUACAACACUUGUGAAAACAAUUCAAUUUGCUUUAUGCCCAGUGUAAUAUUUCUCCAGGUAUCAUCCAAAAUUCCGCACAGACAAGGCUUUCGUCCUCAUUAGGUGUUGACCUCAGCCUAGCCAUCUGGGACCGCUCUAUUCAAUUGCUACCAGGAUUUUGCAUCCAGUUACCUCCACUUUCUAGAACAUAUUCUCUACUAAUGUUACUGAAACCAAUUUCUACUUCAUACAGAUGUUUUUGCAGCACCAAAGUUCUUCUUCCACGAGUUGAGUCCUCUACGAAAAUGACUGCAGUUAUCCAUUUCGUGUAUUACUAUCUCACUGCUUCCUAUACUUGUGUUACUUUAAUUGAUUCGUUCCUCACCAUGCUGUCUCCCUACCAACCACAGCCCCUCCAUAAAGCAAUACACUGUUACACUGUGGGUUUACACUAACCUUACACCCCAGAGGGGGAACGGGGGGAUGGACCCUGGGCUUAAUUUUCUUUUAAGGUCAAGGGAGUUUGGCAUUUUUCAUUACCAUGAGCUCUUUUGGAAUAAGCGGGUGUUGACUAGCAAAGAAGGUAUAGAUUGAUACUAGGGAAUAUUGGCAGAACUGUAUAGAAACUGUAUGCCAUUCUGUGCCCCCAUUAAAUGAGAUUAGCUUCUCAUGAGUACCAUGCCUUUAUUAACUUGCUAAGUAGUAGCAUAAAAGAAUUAUCACUACAUUUGUUAGCAAGGAGAUUUAAGAUAAAGGUUGUAUUGGAUUCAACAAGUCAAGUCAGCUCAGAUGAUUCACCUUAACUUUUACUUUCGUAGCCAUUUACACUAAUUUCUAUUAAUAAUAUGCCAUAAACUUUGGUUCAAGGCAGAAUCGAUGUCUUUGCCAUCUUGUGACUUAAAAAGUUCUGUGACUUUGUGAUGCAUGUGGUAGUGUUCUGACGGUUCCUCUUACUGGUAUUUCUUUCACCAUGGAGUAGCAUCAAGUGAUGAAUGAGAACAGUUCAGGUCAUUCAGACAUACUACACAGUGAAGCAGAAUGCUAUCCAUAAAACAUAACAUACAAAAUUCCAAAAUGGUCAAUGGGAAAUGACUAGAAAUACGGGCUUAAAAGAGUUGGCAUCUUUUAGCUGUAUUUGCUAAUAUAGACGUUUAAGCAGCUGAGAAAAGAGCAAAGCUGACUCAAUUUUGUAUUUCUUCUUGUCCUCAAACAAUUUUUUAUCCUUUCUGGAUUGAUGCAGUGAUGUUUUUGUUCCUUCCAUAUUUAUAAAUGAAACACUUUUUUUUAGUGUUUCUAAACAUAAAUUUUACUUGGUUUGAAAUCAAGUGGUUGGAACACUUUUGACUUUUAAACAUGUUGUUGAUUCAAAGCUUCAUUGAAGAAGCUUUCAAUCAAUGGAUCAGUCCAAUUGUGUAAUUAGCGCACAGUAUCUAAUGUUUGGGGGCUAUUAUGAGGACCAAUGCUCAAAGUGGAUUUUGUUCUUGAACAGUAUCCCAGUAGAUUUGAUGAACAUUUAUUGGCUUGAGGUCUGAUUUCUCCCCCCCAAUAGAUUUAAGAUUUCUAUUUAAUGUUGAAAAACUGCACAAAUUUGUAUGGAACAGAGCCUAGAAAAAUGAAAGCUAUAGAUUGAAUAGUAAUCUAAAUUAAUCCCAGUGUGUAUGACAGAGGAGGGAAAAUAUUGGUGCCAUAAUUUCUCUCUUCAUGGUGUUGGACUUAAAUCAGUUGAAAUGUAUUACUGUACCACACUUUAAGCUUCAGUAAAGGUUUGCUUAAUUCAUUGUCUAGUGACA